AAAACUCUUGCCACCAGAUGUCCUAAGUCCCAAUUCGGUAUCCCUCAGCCCUGAGUCCGCCAGAGUUUCCUAGAUCCCCAUUUGAGAAGCGGCGCAACAUCUCUCUCGCUUGCUGAGCUGUCCGAGGUGCUGAAGACUCUUGCCAAAGGACGUCCCGAGCCCCAAUUUGCUGCUCCUGGCCGGCAGAGGCUGCUCUCGACGCAAAGCGGAGCCAUGCUAGUGGGCUCCUCCGUCUCCGACCUCAACGAUUCCUUCCUGUUCCCAAACAGCUCGGCCUGCAACGCAGGGCUGUGGUGCGCCAAUGUCUCGGAGCCCCGGAGCCCGCCGCGCCUGGUGGACGCGUGGCUGGUGCCCCUCUUCUUCGCCGUCCUGAUGGUGGUGGGUCUGGCGGGCAACUCCCUCGUGAUCUACGUCCUCGCCAAGCAAAAGCAGAUGAGGACGGCGACCAAUUUCUACAUUGUGAACUUGGCCGUCACAGAUAUCAUUUUCCUCGUCUGCUGUGUCCCGUUCACGGCUGUCCUUUAUCCUCUUCCGGGCUGGAUUUUUGGGGAGUUUAUGUGCAAAUUUGUCAAUUACAUCCAACAGGUCUCUGUGCAAGCCACAUGCAUCACCCUGACCGCUAUGAGUGUUGACCGUUGGUACAUAACCGUCUUUCCCCUUCGAGCCCUGCGGCAACGCACCCCCUUCGUAGCGGCCACCGUCAGUGCCAGCAUCUGGGUCGGUUCCUUCGCCAUCUCCACCCCGGUUUUGGUCUACAACCAGCUGACCGAAGGCUACUGGUUCGGGCCCCGGACCUACUGCAGCGAGACUUUCCCCUCUGUCACCCACAAGAGAGCCUUCAUCCUGUACAAUUUCCUGGUGGUUUACCUGCUCCCCUUGCUGACGAUCCUCCUUUGCUACACCGCCAUGCUGUACCAGAUGGGACGCCCCACAGUGGAGACCUCAGAGAACCAGGUUCAACAGCUGGCCGAGCGCUCAGAAGCCAUGCGGGGCAAGAUAUCGCGGAUGGUGGGCACCAUCGUCGUCCUCUUCGCCAUCUGCUGGGGCCCAAUGCAGCUUCUGAUUCUGGCCCAGGCCUUCGGCACCGGUUUCCGCCGCAACUAUUACACCUACAAGCUGAAAAUCUGGGCUCACUGCAUGUCGUACGCCAGCUCCUCCCUCAACCCCAUCGUCUACGCCUUCAUGGGCGCCAGUUUCCAGAGGGCCUUCCGCAAAGUCUUCCCUUUCGCUGCCAAGCGCCGGGUGGGCAGAUGCGAGCCCGGCGCCAACGUAGAGAUGCGGUUUGUCUCUUCGGGGAUGUAGGUGCCUUCUCUG